GGUGGAGCUAAAGAUCCGGAAACAUAGGGCGACGUAAACAGUCACAUGGAGGUGAGCACCGGCGGGGAGAUCGGGAGAAGAGAUCAGGGGGCGCAGACCGGCGGGGAUGCUAUGGCACGAACAAAGCUAUGGGCCGGGAAUGCGGAAUCCCAGAAUUGACCCCGGCUGCCCUAAUCUAAGGUCACAUGACCAGCAGCCAAUCUAGAUCCUUGGCAAGGCCAAUCAUAGCCAAGCAGAUGGACAGGUGUGCAGAGCCUGAAUGUAGACAAGACAAGUCAGAUGGUACACCUAAUGGUGCAAUCAUAAAGUGUUCACAAGACGGACUCAGUCAGACAAUACAGACACCCAGAUGUUUGUCCACUUCAGUUCUGCAGAGGUCCAAUGAGGACUUUUCCCCCAGGAAACGUCAGAGAGCCUUGAAUGGUCCUCUAUGCUCUCCCAUAAUUCCUCGGCAACAAAAUGCCACCUUGCAUGAGAGCCAGAGAAGUGGUGAACAUGACACAAGAAUCUCCAGCAGAGACACAGGCCUUGUUGAAGGUCCUGGUGUAUCGGGAGAACACUACUGGGCUACUCGUCCUGGGAGUCGGGUAACAGCACUUUAUGCAAAGUUGGUUCAGGAGCUGGAGGCACAGGUUACAGAACUGCACCAGAUCUUGGCUUCUCGAGAUGAAAUAGCCAAAGUAAAAGAAUGGAGGAUACAGGAACUUGAGCAAGAGAAUCAAGAAUUAAGAAGACAAGUUCAAACUUUGGAAGAGCAGAAUGAUUCAUUAUCUCAUAGUGAAACAAGUGCCACAAAAGAAAGUGGUAAACUUCUGGGAUCAGAUGGCCACUGUGUGGUUGUCAAUGAUAGCAACAUCUCCUUCCUACGGAACCUGGCAGGAUUUCUGGAAACAAAUUCCAAUUCACAGAUCUUCCCUCCACAAUCCUUUUCUACACCCCUUCCAUCGAGUGAAAGUAAACUCACACCCGUAGAAACCAUUUCGCUCCCAGCGUCCCCCACUGUCUCAGAUGCAGACCGUACAAACGCACCAGCAGAAGUGACCAGCUCUCCCCCAGAAGGAAUGCUGCGAGUUUCUGGGGUAACAAGUGGCUUCCAGUAUUGGAUGAAAAUGGACGAUGGUGGAGAGAACACACUACCAGAAUCAUGUGUGUUGUGGGAGGAGCCUCUACAGGAAACAUUGCCAGAUGGUACCCCUGCAUGGGCAUCACCUAUAGAGAGUAAUGGACGUCCAAAACUGGAGUUGGUGCCUGCGUCUGGGGUAUAUAUCACUUACCAGCAACUGGAAGACCUCUCUCAUAUCCCUCCAGAUAAGCCCAAACUAAUGACUCGACGGCUAUUGGAUUACUUCUUCUCACGGGAGACUCUGGCUCGAUCUUCAGCCACAGGACAGCGGAUUGCUCAUAACAACACUACCAUGGAGAAACCACUACGCCUGCCUGACACAGUGGUAACAGCUAUUAAAGCAUAUGUAACGAGGGCUUGUGGCCGUGGCUGUAACUUUAAUGCAGUUAUAAAUAGUAAGUGUGGGACAUCUCGACGGGCAGUGAAAAAGAUGUCUAUACGCAUUGACUGGACAGAAGGAGGUACUAAACACUGUCCCAAGCCACCACCCACAUUACCAGCUCAGAGGCUGCAGUCCCUCACGGAAAAGUCUACAAUUCCUGCAGCAAAGGCAACAGAGCAAUUGAUAACACAGUGUGCGCCACAGAACAGUUAAACAUUGCUGCACGAAGCGUUCACAGACUACAGCAAUUGGUGAUUUGGGUAUGGAUGGCAUAGGACUAAUAUAAUAAAACAUCCUUGCAAUGGUAGCAAGUGGACAAAAGAUGACAGAGUACAUUCAUAAGCAUGAGACAGUAUUGUCUGUACAUCUAACAAUUUUAAAAUAAAAUGGGUUUGUUUGUA